CGCGCUGAGCCAUGCUGUUCACCCUGGCUGCUCAUGGCUCUCUGAGGCUGCUCAUAUAAAGGCUGCAGUGCCCGUCUUUGUUUACAGCAGAGUCACUACAGUCAGACACAGAGACUACGUUACUAAAUUCAACGAUCGCGCCACAGCGGUUCAAUCGAUAAGUUUGUCUGUGUGGGAAAUUCUGUAUCAGCAGUCAUGGUGGCAAUGAUGAAGCGAGUGAAGACCUUCCAGAUUAUCUUUUCGGACCCCACUAAGACUUUUUACUGCGGGGGGGACAAAGUGUCCGGCCGGGUGGAGGUUGAGGUGAAUGAGGUGACACGCGUGUCCGCAGUGAGGGUUCUGGGUUUGGGCUGCGCCAAAGUGGAGUACGCCAAAGGCAAGCAGAGGUGCCGACAGCAGGCCGAGUACCUGCGAUAUGAGGAGGUGCUGCGGCUGGACGAGCAGCCAACAGAUUCAGACGGAUCAGUCGUCUUGAGGCCUGGCAACAAAUACAUGUACACUUUUGGAUUUGAGCUCCCUCAGCAAGGGCAGCUGGUGUCCUCAUACAAGGGGAAGUUUGGCUACGUCCACUACUAUGUGAAGGCCGUGAUGGAGAGGCCACAGCAGACCCCCCUUGAGUGCAAGAAACCCUUCGAGGUGGAGGAGCCUCUGGAUGUGAACACCCCUGACCUGCUGUCUCCCACAGGUGGAGCAAAGGAAAAGAAAGUCACCUGCAUGUUCAUUCCGGACGGCCAAGUGUCACUCAAUGCCAAAAUUGACCGCCGUGGCUUCUGUGAAGGGGAGGACAUCUGCAUCAAUGCAAAGUUUGAGAACACUUGCUCUCGUAUUGUGGUGCCUAAAGCCGCCAUCAUCGCCAAACACACCUACCAGGCUAACGGACGCACCAAAGUCUUCCGUCAGAAGCUCUCUGCUGUGCGAGGAAACCACAUCAUCUCUGGGAUGUGCGACGCCUGGCAGGGGAAGACCAUCAGGGUGCCCAAGAUCAAACCAUCCAUGCUGGGGUGCAACAUCAUCCGAGUGGAGUACGCCCUCAUGAUCUACAUCCACAUCCCCGGCAGUGAGAAACUGAUCCUGGAGCUGCCUCUGGUGAUUGGGACAGCCGGUCUGGGCAGCCGCAGCAACAGCGUGAGCAGCCAGGAAGGUUCCGUCAGCAACGCCUCUCAGAGCUGGGUGUCUCUCAGGAUGCCCUCUGAGCCCCCCAGCUACUGCGACAUUGCCAGGGACUGUUGCCUGGACCAGCCGCUCACACCGCUGCUGGAUGACGUGGAUGGGGACGAGAGCCCCAUCUUCAUGAACAUACCCGCUUUCCCAUUCCCCCCACCUGCAUACACAGAGGCUGAGGAGGAGUUUAACGGCAACGCCCGCAUGCUGCCGGUCUGCUGAAGUCCACCACGGACUCUUGAAUAUUGGUCCAACUCUCAGGGACCGACUGUCUAAUGCACUUGAAAAGGAGCACAAGGUUCAAACUCCAAAGUGCCUGAUGGAGGAGUGAAGCCAGGUUUGAGGAGAUGGACAGAAUCCAUGCUUGCCUGUUCACUCACCGUGCUUCCUCACCUUUGCCUUCAUCAUCUGAGUCUUCCUUCUGGAGCUCAUCGGGUCCUGGACCUGGAGGGCGAGUUGCCGAGCCUGUGCAGCGCUGCAUUUCUGAAUAAGCUGUCACUUCCAGAGACCCCUUGGGCUGCGGGGGUCUCGCUGUCCAUUAACAGACACUUUAAGACUUUACUAUGGGGGCCAAGCAGUACACGAGUCCGUCCCCGCCUGCUGUGACAUCUUUGCUUUUUGAGGGUUGGUCUUUUCCUCGUCAUUCCAGUCGAGCCCGUGGUUUUGAAGGGAUUCAGCAGAGGAACAGUCCUCUCUGUAAAUCAGCUCGUGUUGCUGUAAAGAAUCUGUCAGGAGUAUUCUUGAGCAUGUAGAAUAAUCUUCCUCUGAUGCUGAGAAACCUCUGUCAGCGUCCUGACCCUGUCACGUCCCGUGUUUGAAACAAAGUGGUUUAUUCCUGUAUGUUUUUUGCACUUUUUGGUUGAUGUAUUUUGCUCCACUACUGCCUAAAGAAUUUGUUGACUUUUGUUUGAACAAUAUUUGUGUUGUGGAGUGAUUUCAUUUUUUGUAUAUAAACACUUUAUUGAACCUCACAUUUUAUUUCUAUACAAGGGCUUAGCAUAGCUUAGUGCCAAACACGUUCCAGACACACACUCCUGUCUGAUGGGACACACUCCCUGUGAGGAUAAUCUUGUCUCUGCAGUUGUCCUAGACAACAUUUCAUUCCACUGUGGUGGUUUCAUAACUUCUGUUCUUUAAGGGCGCAAAGAAAAUCACUGUUGAAGACUGAUUUGUGACAGAUAUGUUUGCAAUGCAUCCUUGAUACUUAAAAUGAGUAUUUUUGUAUGAAACCCUAUGGGUUGUAUUUUUUACAAUAAAGAAAUGUUACAAAUA